AUGGCACCCACCAAGGCGACAGUCGAGCACUCGGUCGAUCGAACCCCGGAGUAUGAGAAGUUCAUCGAAGAAUUGCGCGUCUUCCAUGAGAAGCGCGGGACGAAUUUUGACCCGGAGCCGAAGAUGGGCAACUUCACAGUCGACCUACUCAAGCUCUUCAACUACAUCAUCGAGCAUGGCGGUUACGACAAGGUGUCCGACGAGAAGCUCAUGUGGCGGAAAAUGUGCGAGGGCCUGGGUCUGAUGCGGCAUAAUGCCCCAGCAGAUGCCUAUACUCUGAAACAAAUCUUUUACAAGAACCUGGCCGCAUAUGAAAUCAAAACCGUCCACAACAAGGAGCCCCCCCCGCCUGAGAUCCUCGAGUUUACUACAGCCAAGGGAGGGUCUCUGCUCACUCGCACACUGGAGACAUUCCAGGCUCGAGCGAAGACAGAUAGAGAAGGGUCGACUGAAGAUGGCACCCCGAGUAGGGAACGGCGCGCCGAAGAAACCCCCGCCUCCGGCCGGGCCUCGCGUGGCCUGAGAGAAGCACCAGCCCCGAGGGUCAUAUUCCACCCCGACACCAACUCAUCGCGGCAGACCCGGCACGCUUCGGGCCAGCAAUCUGGCGCGUCUGGCGCAACUACGCAACCCCAAUCUCAACCCCACCAAAAUUCGCAAUCCCACGGCGGCGCUCCGAUCGCGAUGCAUCAGAACCCCUCCCACCCGGGCCGCGGCGCGCCCUCUGUCGUUUACAAUCCUCCGGGGCCCGACAUGAGCAACCCGCUCGUGCAAAGCUACCAACCGCAGCCCUCGACCCAGGUGCCGCUGCGUAUUGUCGACACCCCCGCGAGCAACCCCGACUUGUUCGCAAGGAAACAGCGGCUCUUGCGGCAGCCGACGGUCCCCACGCCCAACCCAGGGGCUCUCGUUCGGGCGUCUAUCCCUCCGGGGACUCUCGAUGGGCCAAACAUUUACGAAAGGUGCCUCUUGGCCCUUCGUUCCAGCAUCCAAGCAGAGCAGGCCUUUGGGCUGAAUCAUCUCGUCAAGAUAUCAUACGAGCGUGGUGAUAAGUACAAAUUCUCGCAGUUCAGUGGGCUAGCAGAAGGCUUGACUGAAUUUGCCCUUGGCGUCGGGAACAUGUUCUAUGAAGUCGAGUGGGCCAUUUCCAACGACCCCGAUUUUGACGACGGCGAGAUCGGUGAGCUUGACGGUCUUAAUGGCACAGCCGACAUCCUCGAGAGGAUUGCUCAGCUCAAGCCCAAGGACGUGCAAGACAAUUUUCAACCAGCCGAAUUCACAGACCAACUGAUGCUGGUCACUGAGGCUGUCUUGACCAUCCGAAACAUGGUCAUGUUGCCCGAGAACGCCUGGUUUAUCGCCGACUACCCGCCUGUGAAGGAUCUUCUUUGUAUCCUGCUCCAUCUCCCGGCGAUGGACGUGGCCGUGGAACUCAAGCAUUCCGCUCUCGACAUUGCGGAACAAAUUACCCCUUAUCUCAUCCUCGACUCCGAGGACCCGCUUUAUCAAACACUCCUCAUGCAACUUCGGUCGUCGGAUCGCGGCAUCAUUCUCACCGCGCUCCGCGCUAUUAGCCGCAUCGCCAUGAACCACCCAACCGAGACAAAUAAACUAGGGGACGUCCCGGCUACUACCCUACAAUGCCUUAUGGACUGGCUGAUGCUCAACGACGACGAGCUUGUGGAUGCCUGUCUGGACUUUUUGUAUCAGUACACGGCCGUUGUCCCUAACCUGGACGUGAUGCUGGAGGGGACUAAGGUCGAGCACCUUGUGGUACACCUUGUCCGGCUGCUUUCGCACGGCGCCAAGCGCUACCAACGAGAUAUUGUCGUCAGCGAGGCGCGCCUUGUCUACGAGCCCGCCGCGGAGCAGGUCGUCCCGAUUCCUAGAGACCUGCAAGAGCGGCUUCUCGCCAUGGAAGAGCCCGAGCGCUGCUUUGCGUGGCUUCGCUGCUUCUUCGAGGAGGAUCCGGAAGCCCAAAUCACGCAAAUUGCCAUCUGGCAAGCGUACAAUGCGUCAUUCCUCGAAUCUAUUAAGAGGAUGGGCCGUACCAUGAUCAAUGCGCCCGAGUUCAUUAGACACAUCAGCACGGUAUAUUCGAACGCCGGCGCGCAGGUUAUUCGCGAGGCCAACGGGGAGUCGCAGAAGUUCAUUAUGCGUGGCAUCCGCCCCCGGGUCUUCCCCGUGACCACCGACGGCCGUGGCUACUUCCAAUGCCAAUGGCAGCGCGCGCCGGGCCAGCACAUCAAGUGCGGAACCUGGAACAUCAGCACCGAAAAGAUGUGGGAGCAUAUCCUCACCGACCACCUCAACGAAACCCCCGGAGAAGACGGCAAAUACCAAAACCGCGAAGCGACCUACCUCUGCACCUGGGACGGCUGCACCAAAUACCACAAGCCAACCCAACUCCACCUCACCCAGUUCAUGGCCCACCUCAAAACCCACCUCAAAGCCGAAGAAGCCGACCGCGCCGCCGCCGCCGCACAGCAACAACAAGCCGAGCUCCCAUCCAGCUCCCACGGAAGCGGCAGCGGCAGCGGCGCCAGCGUCAACGGAUCCCCCUCCAAACGCGGCUCCACUUCCUCUGCCAGCGGCGGCGGCGGCAAUAGCAGCCGGGCGCGCGUGGUGCGCCCCCAAAAGACCAUCACGCUGACCUACGAGGACACGGCGUCGGUGCGCGACGAGCGCAACGCCAACGCCCCGCCCCAGGCCGCCGGCAUCCCGCUGUCGGCGGCGCUCAUCCUGCGCAACAUUGCGCGGAAUGUGGUCAAGACGGUGGCGGAGGAGCAGUUGGUGAAGAAGGUGAAGGAGGCGGGGGCGGAUGGUGGUAGUGGUAAUGGUGGUGGUGGUGGUGGUGGUGGUGGUGAGGGUCCGGGCGGUGAGGAUGGUGGCUGGAAUGAGCGCCUGUUCCGGCCGGUCAUGCCCCGCUUGUGGGAGGUCUUCACGGAGAACCGUGUGCUGGCGCCGUAUGUGACCAGCUUGUUCCAGCUGCUGGAGAAGGAGCGGGUUGGGUUCGCUUUUCAUGAUUAG